AUGUUCUUCUACUUAACAACCCUUAGUUUGCAAAAAAUUAUUACUGAGGAAGUUCCUGUUCUACCAGAAGAGACUCCGGACAACGAGCGUUUCAUCGUGACAGAGGCAUGGAAUCAUUCUGAUUUUCUAUGUAAAAACUAUAUUCUCAAUGGGCUGGAUGAUGGUCUAUAUAAUGUCUAUAGCGGCUGUAAGAUGUCUAAGGAAUUAUGGAAUGCUUUGGACAGGAAAUAUAAGACCGAGGAUGCUGGGUUGAAGAAGUUUGUUGCUGCGAAGUUCUUGGAAUUUAAAAUGGUAGAUAAUAAAUCUAUCAUGUCGCAAGUCCAGGAACUUCAAGUGAUUACACAUGAUCUGCUUGUGGAAGGAAUGGUAGUCAAUGGAGCUUUCCAAGUUGCGGCCUUUAUUGAAAAAUUGCCUCCUUUAUGGAAGGAUUUCAAAAACUACUUAAAGCACAAACGUAAGGAAAUGACAUUAGAAGAUCUAAUUGUCCAGCUUAGAAUUGAGGAAGACAAUAGAUCUGCUGAGAAGAAGGCCAAUGGCAAACAAGCAAUAAUGGGGGCAAACAUCGUUGAAAUUGCCCCUACAAAUUCAAAGAAAAGGAAGCGGGGCUUCUGGAGGGAAGAAGUGUUGGGUGGUAAUUCAGUUGUUCAGGCUGUUGUUGUUGAUAGUUGGAGUUUUUCUGAUUCCUUUUCUUUAAAUCGUUAA